AUGGACCAUGCCUCCCACGCGUCAGACGCGGGAUCACCACCGGUGACGUCUGGAAGCGGUUCGACGUCACUGCAAAAUGAAGAAGCGCAAACUCGAGACGAAGUGAAAAAUACAGACACAGAGCCCAACCCGGUACCGAGUUCUCGAGAAGUUGUGAUGGACCAAGACCCUCCAGAGGACCCUCCACAAGCCGAAGAUACCUCAACCCCCGUGGAUUUGACCGGCGCGUUGGAGAAGCAAGCCCAGCGGGGCGAUGCAAAUGGUCUACCGCAACCUCAGAGCGCAACCGAUAAUAUCAGCGGCAACGAGCCAAGACCCUCGGGUGGAAAGCCUGCGGAUAGCCUGUUCGAUAACCCGCCGAACCUAUCGAGAAUUCGUAGGCUCCUGUUCGAGUGCAAUGACCCCAUUGAGAUCACACAGGAGGAGUUUGAAACAUAUUGGCCAUUCAUUGACAAUGUCUGGGUUAAGCAAAGAUCAAAUGCCAGCAAGGAAGGGCUCUGCACUUCUGACUAUUACAUGUGCCGAUUACGGCGCCCUACGCAUCGCCCAUCAGAGACUCGACCACCCCUACCAGAGGGCAAGCGUCCCCGAAAGAAACGGUCCCGAGAAGGAGGUACCUGCAACUUUCAAAUUAAAGUUGUCCGAUUUGAAGGCGCAUAUUCAGCCGUCACCAUCUCAAGAACUCCGGGAAGUGACACUACCCACACGCACGAUCUCGACUAUAGCGACCGCGUGAAGCGUAACUCCGGGGUUAUGGAAUUUGUACGACGAGAGUCAGUGAAAGGGUAUCUCCCCUCGUCGAUAUACGCCAAAUUUCAAGAAGAGCCCGAGAAGCUCCAUGAAGCUGGAGGCCGCUCUCUCACAGUGACCGAUGUGCGCAAUGUCGCGGCCAAAUGGCGCAUACAGAACCCGGAAGUUCAGCUUGUUCCUCAUGAGGGAUACGAAUAUCAAAAAGGCCAGGGCAUUAUCAAGUCUGCAACAGCCAAUGGUAUCAAUGAAACAUCGCGACCACAGCCGCAAACGCAACUACCACUGCAAGUGCAUCCUACUGUUCCAGCACUGUCACCUCAGUUGCCGCCAGAUACCCUCGCCUUCCCCCAAUUCUCCCUAGACUUCCUCGAGCCAUAUCUGCCUAACUUAUCUACCCACCACUCUGAGAAAAGCGAAUUUCCACACGUCACUUUAUCCUACGCGUCAUCAAUGGACUCGAAGAUUUCUCUUCGUGCCGGGAUGCAGACUGUGCUUUCUGGACCCGAGGCCAAGGUGAUGACGCACUACCUCCGAUCGCGCCACGAUGCAAUCCUCAUUGGCGUCGGGACCGUACUAGCAGACAAUCCAGGUUUGAACUGUCGCCUUGAAGGCGCUGGAGGCUUCGGAGGCCUGGGUAGAAUGUGGCAACCUCGCCCGGUAGUCAUUGAUCCCACGGGACGAUGGCCGAUCCAUCCAGAUGACCGGAUGCUCCGCACUGCCGUCGAAGGGAAAGGUAGGGCCCCUUGGGUGGUAGUUUCGCCAGGAGCUCCAAUUAACUCUGAUCGACUCAUGAUGCUCAAGGGCUACGGAGGUGACUUUCUGCGAAUUGUGGAAUACAACCGGGACUGGCGCUUACGCUGGGAAGCGAUUCUUCGAGCUCUCGCCUCCGAGGGAAUCAAGAGCGUCAUGAUUGAAGGAGGUGGGACCGUUCUGAACGAGCUGUUGAAUCCGGAGUAUACCAACUUCAUCGACUCUAUAAUCGUGACAGUAGCUCCUACCUACCUUGGUCAUGGGGGUGUUGGGGUCAGUCCCGAGUCUAAGCUGGAUCCUCAAGGUAAUCCCAAUGCUGCCUUGAAUCCACGCGACGUCAAAUGGACACCACUAGGGCAGAAUGUCAUCAUGUGUGGUAAGAUCCGCCCACAAAAUAUGAGAGUUGGUGCUCCCCCUUAG